AUGGAAGAACAGUGUGAGAAGCUAAGACAAAAGCAAAUACCAGCAUUUUUCUAUAAUUCAUCAUUAACUGACAAAGAGAUGGAGUUUGUAAUAAAUUCCUUGUGUUGUGGAGACUUGCUGCAGGCAAUACUUUUUACCAGUCCAGAAUGUAUCAUGUCUGAAAAACUAUUGAAUGUUUUGAAGAAAUGGAGUGAUAGUGCCAAAUUGAACUUUAUUGCAAUUGAUGAAGCUCAUUGCAUAGAUGUUUGGGGACAAGGAUUCCGUGAAGAUUACCUUAAACUUGGACUGCUUAAAGAUUUCAAAGUACCUAUCGUUGCUCUUACUGGUACAGCUACAAGUACCGUUCAGAGUAAAAUAGUGGAUACAUUGAGAAUGGAAUCCCCUGAAAUAGUAAAAGUGACAAGCUCACGAAGCAAUUUGUUAUUAAAUAUUUUACCAAAGCUUGACAAACCCAAAAGACAAAUUGCCAACUAUAUCAAUGAAAAUUAUAAGGAACAGCGUGGCAUUGUAUAUUGCGCACGUCGGAAAGAUACUGUUGAUCUUGCACGUGAACUUAAAACAGCCAAUAUCAAUGCGAUUUUUGUCCAUGGUGCCCAGAAUGAUGCCGAAAGGAAGAAGGAGCAGGAUUGGGCUGCUGGUCAUGCCCAUGUCAUUUGUGCUACUAAGUCAUUUAGCAUGGGUAUUGAUCAAAAAGAUGUGCGGUUUAUUGUGCACAUGUCGUUCCCUGAGAGUCUUGAAGACUAUUAUCAAGAAAUUGGGCGUGCGGGAAGGGACGGAGAGCCUGCCACUUGUACAUUGUUUUUUAAGCAUGAGGAUAGAUCUUUCCAUCUUCACAAUAUUGUUAAAAUUGACAACAAAUGUUAUCAAGAGCAUAAGUACAAUUUGCUUCAACCAAAUUGUUAA